AUCAGGAAGUGAUGAGCUGACUGUUGACAGCUCUCAUGUAAAGUAAGAUGGUGUAACAUUAUUAUCUGAGGGGACAAUGGUGAGGCUCUGAUCCCACGGCAGGUUCCUGCGCUCCCAAUCUGUGUCGUGCCCUGUAACGUUGUGGGUGAAAGUUUACUUACAGCCUGGCUGUCUGACAUGGACGGUGGAGAGGAGGUGAGAGUGGAAGCUGCCCCGUACUGCUGCUCCACCUGUGAUGGAGGAGAGGUCGCCGGCCGCAGCCUGGCUAGACGCAACAGGAAGACCCGCAGCCUGAGCACCUCCUCAGCCAGCAGCUCCUCUGAGUACAGGAGGAAUCAGUCUCUACAUGGACCAAGUCCUGUGACCACGUUCGGCCCUAAAGCAUGCAUGCUCCAGAAUCCACACGCAGUAAUGCACAUUCAGGACCCCGCCAGCCAGAGACUGACGUGGAACAAGCCACCAAAAAGUGUCCUUGUCAUCAAGAAGAUACGAGAUGCCAGUCUGCUUGAGCCUUUCAAAGAGCUCUGCAUGUUCCUCACCGAGGUUAAAAACUUGAUUGUUUAUGUGGAAAAGAAAGUUCUUGAGGACCCAGCCAUUUCAGGCGAUGAAAACUUUGGGGCUAUUACUAAGAAAUUCUGCACUUUCAGAGAAGAUCUUGAUGACAUCUCCAAUCGCGUAGACUUCAUUAUCUGUCUUGGUGGAGAUGGGACUCUGCUGUAUGCAUCUUCGCUCUUCCAGGAGAGCGUUCCACCAGUUAUGGCCUUCCACCUGGGCUCCUUAGGCUUCUUGACACCUUUCAAAUUUGACACAUACCAGUCUCAGGUCACCCAAAUUAUUGAAGGUAAUGCUGCCAUUGUCCUGCGAAGUCGCUUGAGGGUGCGGGUGCUUAAAGAGAACUGGGAGAAGAAGGCCAGAGUGGAUGAAAAGGGCAUCAUCUUGACCAAUGGGGACAACGAAAGUAGCCGGAAAGCCAUGCAGUAUCAGGUACUGAAUGAGGUGGUGGUGGACAGAGGACCCUCCUCCUAUCUCUCCAAUGUCGACCUCUUCCUGGAUGGACACCUCAUUACCACAGUGCAGGGAGACGGCGUGAUAGUAUCUACACCUACAGGAAGUACAGCGUAUGCAGUGGCAGCAGGAGCCUCUAUGAUCCAUCCCAACGUUCCCGCCAUCAUGAUCACCCCCAUCUGCCCACACUCGCUCUCCUUCCGACCCAUUGUGGUGCCGGCCGGGGUUGAGCUGAAGAUAAUGCUGUCCCGGGAUGCCAGAAACACAGCCUGGGUGUCAUUUGAUGGAAGAAAGAGACAAGAGAUCUGCCAUGGCGACAGUAUUACCAUCACCACUUCCUGCUUCCCUGUUCCUUCCAUCUGUUUCCGGGACCCGGUCAACGACUGGUUCGAGAGCCUGGCCCAGUGUUUGCACUGGAACGUGAGAAAGAAGCAGAACUACCUCAGCUCAGAGGACGAGGAAUUCUGAGUCCGUUUCCACCAUCUAUGAGGUCUUCUCCAAGGUCUCUAGGACUCCCAAGUCUUGCUUUUAGCUUGACCGUGCUCUGUGCCAUUUUGUCUUUUAUGGAUGGGGGGGGGGGUCUCACCAAACUCUAUUCAGAAAAAUCUGUCAUGAUAAUGUUGCCAUUCAUAUGUAUUAAAAUGUUUCCAUCGAAUAAUGUGGUACAUUAACAAGCGUUGGGCCAAACAGCACCUUUGCUGUGGUCUCCAUGUUUUAUUUUGGUGGAAUCAAUGUGUGGGAAUAAGAGGUGAACUAUGAGACCCAAAAGAGUUUGAUAAAAUGAAAUAAAAAUAGCAUUAAAUAAAUAUGGCUUUUUAAAAUUAAUAAGAAUAUGAAUACUUAGAUGAUUAAACCUUAAAUCAUUAUAUAACAUGUUUUGGUGACAGUAGGGUUGUUACAGUGGUGACCUGAAAAGUGAGAUUUUAAAAUAAAUGAAACAAAUAAAAGAAAAUGGGGGAAAAAUUAUGAAAAAUACAUUUCUAAUUAUAAAAAAAAUAUCACAAUUUAUUGGAAACUUUUGGGCUCGGAAUCUGAACGAUGAGCCUAAUGAAACUCACUCAUGUUGCUCUGAGAAUUGGGUUUACACAAGUCACCUAGUAAAGUUUUACCUUUUUAUGUUGGAAGUAUGCCGCAUUAAUGGGGAUAUCAUGUCAUGUUCUAAUGUGUAAGCACGUUAAAAUGGUGGAUUUUUGAAUGGAGUUUGGCCCCACUAUUGUUCCAGGAAUGUCCCUGUGUUUUCUUUGUAUGCUGUGAAAACUGGCCUUUUAAAGUCCAAAUGCAGUUUUGUAGAAGAGGUAUUUUUUACUUUUGAAGGAAAUGCAAGGAUCUUGGACUAAAAUGCACAAGGUCAGUUGUGGAUGGCAGUUACUGCAAUACUCUUGAUGGGGGUUAUCAGGUCUGUUCAAGCACUUUUUAAUCUUUAGGAAGGAUGGCAGGGACACAUCUACUACUUAAUAUACAACAAAAGCUGGUUCUCUCAGUAGAGGUAAAGGCCACAUUGCAAUUCUCUGGAAAAUUCCCUAAAUAUCCAGUUGAAUCAAACUUUCCCGAAUUCUGUUAAUCAAAUUCCAUCAAUGGAUAAAAUGUUUUGAACAAUUUAUGAAGUGCUCCCCGGGGAAGAGCAGAUUUACAGUACAUUACUUGGCAAUAGUGGCCCAACUGUACAGACUGUGCCUUAAACACUGGUAUCAUUAAUGUAUAGAAUUAUUAUUAUUUUUCAAGGUUUACAUCAUGGUAAAUUUUUUGAAUCACACACAGAUCUGUGAUUUGUGCAUUUUCAUUGUAACCACAUGUUGACUGUUGUCUUUGCUGGCUGCAGCACAUGACACCUGAUUGACGAACUGAAUUAUGUAGUAUGCUCUAUAGUGUGUAGUCGUUGGAUGAGGUGUCAAGAAUGCAACAAGGUAAUAUUAAUUCCAGACAAAGAGACCACAGUUCAGAUGUCUUACGCAUAUUUUUUAACAUUUUAAAAUGUCCUCUAAGCCAUAACUGAACUCUGUGUAGGUUUUAUAGACCGGUGUGUGUGUGUGUGUGUGUGUGUGUGUGUGUGUGUGUGUGUGUGUGUGUGUGUGUGUGUGUGUGUGUGUGUGUGUGUGUGUGUGUGUGUGUGUGUGUGUGUGUGUGUGUGUGUGUGUGUGUGUGUGUGUGUGUGGGCUGUGUGUGAUUUAAUGGUCUCUGUGUGUAUGUUGUUGCAUUCAUUCUUAUCAGUUCGCUCCAAGUCUGUCACUGCGCAGUCUUUGCUGAAUACUUUAAUGUGGCCUAUCUUGCAUAUCUGUUCACAUAUAAUAUCUAGACGUUGUGAGUUGGCUCAACAAAUUGUGUCGGGGUGAAAAGAUGAAAAGUGAUGUCACCUGUUUUAACUCAAGUGGACCAGCUCUAAAAGGCAAUCAUUCCUUUAACUUUAAGUGUAUAUAUAUGUGAUGCUUGAAUAGGAUGUAUUUUGUAAAGUCUAUAUGUUUAUUAACCAGUUUACAAUGUAUCAUUGCUGAAAAUAAAUCUAUUUGGUACUUUUUUUACAUUA